CAUGGCUGCGUAUACGACGGCGCCAUAACAGGGAAGGAGGAGGGAGAAGAGAGGGAGAGGGAGAGACACAGAGAGGAGGAGGGUGCGGAGGGAAGAACAAGGACAGAGGAUCAUAGGCAGGUCUCUUCCUCUUGAGGACUGUCUGUGUCUGGACUCCAAAGGAUCGCCGCCAGGAAUUUUGUUUAGGAGAGAUAUCACGAGAUAUCAAUGCAAAGUUUUCAAAGACAGGCUAUCAGCUUGCAGUUGGAGUGAAGAAGAAGAUCCGACGACAGGGAAGAGGAGACCUCUCACAGCCCGAGGCCCCUGAUAACCUGAUACUAGCACAUCAGAGUCUCUUUGUAACGGAACAGCACUGUUUCAGAUUAACCUGAGCGUUCUCAGAGCUCUUGCAGCAUGAAGCUACUUGUAUCAAUACUUGCAUUACUGUACAUAACAAACAGCGCGGCUAUUCAGCUGUGCUCAAGUCCUGGUGAAAUCUACAACUACAUGCACCAGAACUGCAGCGAAUACGCAGCCCCAGUGAUUGGCACUGUAGGGCAGGACCUGCAGUAUCCGAACAACCAUGAGUUCGAUCUCCCACAGGGAGGUGUUCUGAUUAUCCGCCUGUACUCGGUGCUUGUCCUCAGCAGCUUCUCUAACAGCCUUCAGUUUGCCAUCACAGAAAGGACAGGCCAGCCUGAGUUCUCCCAAUUCAUCAACGGCUGGCUGAUGAUGGACGGGAGCAAGUAUGUUCCGGGGCAGGUUUACUAUGUGUGCUCGGAGACGACUAUCCCGAACUACAACACCUCCCUGUACAAUCCUAUCGAGACAUGCGCUACUGUCAAGAUCAAAGGCUUCGUUCCUCUCCUUGUGGACCCAACUCCGUCGAAUGGUUCGGUUGCAACGGCGUAUGCGGGCCAGGCGAUCAACCUGAGGUUUGCGGUGAACACGUCGGUGAUAGGAGGUUGCGACUACAUUGUCAACCAGUCUCAGUGCUCGGUGAUUGAGCAGGGAUCGGCCUGUGCUUGUCAAGAGAACUGCACUGGAGAUUGCAAGUGUUUGCAAUAUUGCGCACCAGGACCACUUCCUUUGCUGACUGUUGUCCCUGGAAUGAGCAGUCCGAUGACAAGCUCUGGUCUACCUCAGAGCAGUUCAUGGGCCCUUGAAAGUUCUUCUCCUCUUGACCGCCCACAAGUGUGGAGAUUCUCCUGGACUCCAUCGGCAUUGGACAGGUCUGCUGCUCCGGUCCGUAUGUGUUUCAGGGCCUCCCUGAGCAAGACUGCGGUCGCUUCGAAUGGUCAGACCCUCUUGCUAUGCGUUGGCA